CCAAUUCCAGCGUCCAAUUUGAUAGAACGGGAUUCGCCCCGGAGAAAGAAAACCUAGGCCACGCAGGUCUCCUUGCCGGUUCACCGCAAUCCAAAGGCCGCACCUUUCGCCACCAGCGCUAGGGUUUCGCUUCCCCUCAAUUCGAUCCGCGAGCGCACGAGGUGUUUUUCAUUGAUUUGCUGUGACUUGGGAGAUGCCGCCGAAGUUUAGGAGAGGCGGCGCCGCCGCGGCGAGGAAGGCGCCGGGGACGAGGGGGCGGGUGGGGAGGGCGCAGUCUGCUGCGGAGGAGGCGUCGUUCGUGGAGGAGGUGAAGGAGGCGCCCGCCGUGGAGGUGAGGGUCGCCAAGGAGGCCCCGAAGGUGGUGGAGGAGCCGAAGCUGCAGCCCUCUCCGCCGCGGCCGCAGCGGGCGGCGGAGGACAAAGUCUCCUCCGAUGCCGCAGCUAACGGUGCCAACCACGGUGAAGAUGAAGGAGCUGCGAAAGAAACAUUUGAAGAAGAGAACAAAGGUGAACGAUUGGAGUUCGAGGAUGAACCAGAAUAUGAAGAGGAGGCUGCUGUGGACUAUGAUGAUAAAGAUUUGGAGCAGUAUGAAGAGCGACAUGAGGAUGGUGAUGAAGAGGUUGAAUACACUGAAGAUGUGGUUGAAGUGGAGACUGUUAUGGUGGAUGAGGAACUUGAUGAAGGUGGAGAUGAUGGGGAGGGGGAGGAAUAUGAACAUGCUGAUGAAGAACAUCAUGUGGAUGUGGACGAUGAAGAGCAUCAUGAAAUGGUUAAAGAGCACCGCAAGCGGAAGGAGUUUGAAGUUUUUGUUGGUGGGCUAGAUAAAGAUGCAACAGAAAGUGACCUUAGGAAGGUUUUUGGUGAAGUUGGUGAGAUCACUGAAGUUCGUCUGAUGAUGAACCCUGUCACAAAGAAAAAUAAAGGCUUUGCCUUCCUGCAAUAUGCAACUGUGGAGCAAGCAAGGCGUGCUGUCUCAGAGCUAAAGAAUCCACUGGUGCGCGGUAAACAAUGUGGUGUUGCUCCAAGUCAUGACAAUGAUACACUCUUUGUUGGCAAUAUCUGCAAGACAUGGACAAAAGAACAUUUGAAGGACAAACUGAAGAGUUAUGGAGUUGAGAAUUUUGACGAUUUACUACUGGUCGAGGAUAGCAAUAAUCCAGGAAUGAAUCGUGGCUAUGCUUUGCUUGAGUUUUCUACUCGACCCGAAGCAAUGGAUGCUUUCAGGCGACUGCAGAAGAGGGAUGUAGUCUUUGGAGUUGAUCGUACUGCAAAGGUUUCCUUUGCCGAUUCCUACCCUCAAGUUGAUGAUGAAAUAAUGGCACAGGUCAGAACUGUAUUUAUCGAUGGCCUUCCUCCCUCAUGGGAUGAAGAUCGUGUUAAGAAGUAUCUCAAAAAGUAUGGAGCUAUCGAGAAAGUUGAACUUGCUCGAAACAUGCCAGCUGCCAAGAGAAAGGAUUUCGGGUUUGUUACUUUUGAUACGCAUGAUAAUGCUGUUGCAUGUGCAGAAGGGAUAAGUAAUUCUGAGAUCGGUGAAGGUGAUCACAAGGCAAAAAUAAGAGCUAGAUUGUCACGACCACUACAGAGACCUCCUAUAACGAAGCAUGGGUUAAGAGGAAAUUUUAGAGUUGGACAUGGUGCUCCCCGAGGUGGCCGUUUACCGUAUGCUCGCCCUACACCACCUCGCCGGCCUCCACCAUGUCUUGUUCGGCCUGCUGUUAGUCGCGUACCACCCAUCAGGAGCCAUCCAAUGAAGAGGCCUGUAGAUAUUAGAGAUAGGCGCCCUGUUAUGUCGAUACCAGAUAGGGCUAGGCAUUUGGCUCCUCCAGAGAGAUCUUAUGAUCGGAGGCCCCUAGGUCCAGUUUACCCAAAGAGAAGUCCAAGGAGAGAAUACGGAAGGCGUGAUGAACUUCCUCCUCCAAGGAGCAGAGCUACGAUUGACUACAGUUCAAGAGUUCCAGUUGAUAGACGCCCAUCUUUCAGGGAUGAUUACUCACCCCGGGGAUCAGGUUAUUCAGACCUGGGUCCUCGUAGCGCUCCCCGUCUUUCAGAUAGGCGAGCAUAUGCUGAUGAUAGUUAUGGAGGGAAGUUUGACCGGCCUUUACCGGCCUAUAGGGAGGAUCGUGGCCGUGAUUAUGAUACCAUUUCUGGAUCAAAGCGUUCAUAUGCAGAUAUGGAUGAUGUGCCUCGGUAUCAAGACAUUAGUGUUCGUCAGUCCAAGGCACGCUUAGACUAUGAUGUUGGUGGCAGCAGUGCUCGUUAUGGAGAUACAUAUAGUGAGAGGCCUGGACGAUCACUUGCAGGAUAUAGUGGCAGCCGCUCUAUGUCUGGUAAUGAUUCAGCAUAUGGCAGUAGCCGUCAUGGCAUGAGUUAUGGAGGUUCUGCUAGCAGUGGUGAUGCUGGUGGAAUGUACUCAUCAAAUAUCAGUGGUAGCUACUUGUCUCGUGGAUCUGAUAUUGGUGGGAGUUCAUAUUCAUCACUUUACUCAGGCCGUAAUUUGGGUAGCAGCAGCGGUGGCUACUAUGGAGGUAGCGGUUCUGGUUCAUAUUACUAAGAUUUGGCAUCAUAUCGUCUUUGUGGAACAGAUCUGGCAUCAUAGGACGUUGGUGUAGGCCCUGCAUUGUAUGGAGCUCCUUAAUUUAAGGCCUACAGAUCUGGAAAAGAAGUGUCAAGUAAGACAUGUUCAAAGAAGCCAGAGACAUUGAGUUGGUUGAAGCGGUAGUCCAAUGGAUGUUCUGGCUUGUUUAUGUAAUGUAAGGCUUUGCUUUAUUUGGUCAAGAGUUAUGAACAUAAGGGCCAGCUAUGGUGUCUUAUAAGUGUUUCGACAUGUUUACAUCCAGUGUUUCUAUAACAUAAUUGAGACAGAUAUGGAGUGUUUCAAUAAGUUUAAGUACUUUGAGGUAGUUUCUGCAAUUCAAGGUUGUUGGGGGAUUCCAUCUUGUGAUGCGCUGGCCAAAGAUCAGACUUACAAAUGAAGCGUUACAAGCUGUGCUUCAUGUAAUGCUGUUACUUUCUGAAAACCUUCACUUAGCACACUCCAUCUGUUCUAUAGAGGAUCAAUAUUUGCUGAGACAGAAUGUUGAUCGGUCAGACUUAAAUUCUGGACCUGUUCUCUGUUGAACUCCAGGUACAAACGGUUUUAUCGGUUGCCAAAAUUUGAGAGAUACCGUUUGUGUGGCUGAUGUAGUCCUUUCACCAAGCAAUCACUUUGGCCUCCCCAAAGUUUAAGAUACCAGAACUUGCAGCAAAAGGACUUUCGAGCUUUGAGUAUAGCUUUGCAAUACUUUGUCUAUAGGGUACAAGGCACCAGGUAAAUUUAACAAGCAGUGCCAGUAUUGAGCAAACUAGUUUAAUCAUCCACCAUUUAUGAAAUUCCCUUGAACUGCAAUAUGGAGCAUGGAUUAAUAUAACCUUUUUGAGAUAAGUGGACAUUGGAUGAUUGCAAGCUUUCAAGUAUCAUGCUCGAGGCAUGACAAACUAACUGAUCAAGUUACAGAAAAGUGUUUGGUUUGUCAAUGACACCAUUAUUUUUUAUUACAUAAUAUUUAGGUCAGGCCGGUACCUUUAGGCUUUCAGGUCAUCAGAUGAAGGAUAUAUCUGAUGCCUCCAUGAAUGUUUUGCAUGGAUCAUUUUUCAUCAAAUUGUCCUAUUUUGCUAAGAAUUUACUUUGCUUUUAUAAGUUUAAGAAACAAGGUUUGCUGUGUUGCUGUAUUUUGACAGCAACUAAUGCUAUGUACCAUUUUGCAAAUUAGAUGAAAAAUGAUUAGUAAUACCAAUAUCAGUUAUACAGUCUACAGAGAGCUUAACCUAAGCAAACUUAUUACUGUUAGUCCUAUCCUUCUCUGAGUUGUAACAAGGAGUUAUACUGUAAUGCACAUGCGCUAAUUUUGAAUUUACUUGAUCCACUGAACUAGGCCUUAUUACCAUUAUUGGAUCCUGAGGUCUAAGACAUUUUUGGCCUUGAAAUUGGUUUUUGUAUACUACAUUUUUCUAGUGUUGGCAGUGAAUAGGAAGAGACCUUGGUAUGUAGUGCCUUUGAAGAUGCUCUGAGAUGGCUUUAGCAGUAUUCAGAAAACAGCAUAUUGUUUACUGAUGGACGUGUUUGUCAGCCGUCAUGUAUUGUUUGCAUUUGAUGGUGUUAUGAGAUAUAGCAGAACUGUGUUUGAUUGCCAAUUUUUGCAUGGAAGGAAUACUGUAUCCAGCAAUACGCAAUGGCAUCAAUGUAUGUGGGAAUCAGCACCUUGUGGCUGGCUGAUUUUGGUGAUUAUUUGAAAAACAAGGGGAAGGUGGAUAUUGGUGUUUAUUUCUGGGGAACGAAGAGAGAUCUGACAACAGCAUGGAAUUGAAGCAUUUUUCUUGGAAGUAGUAAGCACGAGAUGCCCCAUUCGAGUUCUGAAUUGAAGGGUCUUGAUUUUUUUUUUCUCCUUUCAAUUGUUGGAGCAAAUAGAAAGGUUUACCACAGUUUAGUCUAACUAUUUAAUUAAGUGUACAAUAUAAAGAUAGCUUGAAGUCGCAAAAAGCAGCCAAAAUAUAUCAAUAUCUGUUUCAGAAUCCUGUGCUGUAGGCCUAUAGUAAUUUGACCAUUUGAAAUAGCUAAGUACAAUAUCCAUUGCAUUUACUGGGUUGAUUAGUUCUCUUGUAUUUUUAGUAAUGUUAUUAUCAAAGCAGUUGAUGUUUCUUCCC